UGGCGUCACGUCAAUGCGCGCUGUGAGCCGUGAGUCAUGGCUAAAUAAACAAUUCAGUGUGUAUACACAAUUAAAGGUAUUGAAGUAUUUCUCUUGCGACCUGCAUCGCGCAUCUGCACAUGCAUGGUUUAGGACGAAGAAGAUUACAGGGUAAAGAGAGAACGUUGAGAAAGUGACUUGUAACCCAAACGACCCGACCAGGAACCAGGAACUCCGAGAGAGAGAGAGAGAAAACAACGCUACUACAUAGGUACGAACCAAAUCGGAGCACGCAUACCACACCCGCACACCACACCCGCGCACGGCCAUUUUGGCCAGUAGAGGAGGCUAGCUCGCUGCAGAAGCAGUAGAAGCACCAGCAGCAGCGGUCUACCGAACGACCGGCGCGAUGGAUCAGCAGAUCACCCCGAAGGAGGUCAAGAUCCUCGAGAAUCCCGAGGAUAUACAGGACAGGAGGCAGCAAGUACUCGGCCGGUAUGCCAACUUCAAGGCGGAGGCGCGCAACAAGCGCGACAAGCUCGAGGACUCCCGACGCUUCCAGUACUUCAAGCGCGAUGCCGACGAACUGGAAACCUGGGUCUAUGAGAAGCUGCAGGCUGCCUCUGACGAGAGUUACAGGGAUCUCACCAACCUCCAGGCAAAGAUACAGAAGCAUCAGGCCUUCGAAGCAGAAGUGGCUGCCCAUUCCAAUGCCAUUGUUUUGCUUGACAAUACUGGAUUGGAAAUGAUCGAUCAGCACCAUUUUGCCAGUGACAUCAUUCGCAAGCGACUCGAUGAGUUGCACCGCCUGUGGCAGCUUCUACUGGCGCGGCUGGCAGAGAAGGGUCUCAAGUUGCAACAGGCUCUAGUGCUGGUGCAGUUUCUGCGUUACUGCGAUGAAGUGAUGUUCUGGAUCCACGACAAAGAAGCUUUUGUCACAACCGAUGAGUUUGGCCAGGACCUCGAGCACGUCGAGGUGCUGCAACGCAAGUUUGACGAGUUCCAGAAAGACAUGACCAGCCAGGAAUACCGCUUCACCGAGGUGAACGAGCUGGCGGACAAGCUGCUCUUGGACGGGCACCCGGAGCGCGACACCAUACAGCGCCGCAAAGAGGAGCUCAACGAGUCUUGGCAACGGCUCAAACAGCUGGCAAUAUUGCGCCAGGAGAAACUCUUUGGUGCUCACGAGAUCCAGCGCUUCAACCGCGACGCCGACGAGACCAUGGCCUGGAUCGCCGAAAAGGACGCGGUCCUGGCGUCUGACGACUUUGGCCGGGACCUCGCCUCGGUACAGCUGCUGCAGCGCACUCAUGAGAACGUAGAGCGCGAUCUUGCCGCUCUUGAGGACAAGGUGGCGACGCUGAGCAGCGAGGCAGACAGGCUCGCGGGCAUCCAUCAGCCCGAGCACUCGCAGCAAAUCCAGUCCAAACGAGCGGAGAUCCUGCAGUCUUGGGAGGGUCUCACGGCUAGGGCCAAGGAGCGCCGCUCCAGGUUGGAUGAAUCCUACUGCCUGCAUCGCUUCCUUUCCGACUAUAGCGACCUCGUCUCCUGGAUGAAAAACAUGCGGGCGAUCAUAUCGGCUGACGAGCUGGCCAAAGACGUAGCAGGCGCCGAGGCUUUGCUCGAGCGCCACCAGGAACACAGGAGCGAGAUAGACGCGCGUGCCGACAGCUUCGAGGGUACGGCUUUGGCGGGUGGCAAGCUCCUCGAGCGCGAUCACUACGCAGCUGAAGAAGUUGAGCGCAAACUCGAUUCAUUGACCGCCGACAAGACGGCGCUGCUCGAGCUCUGGAACAAGCGACGCGCUUUGUACGAGCAGUGCAUGGACCUCCAACUCUUUUACCGGGACACCGAGCAGGCGGACACCUGGAUGGCCAAGCAGGAAGCCUUCCUGGCCAACGAGGAUCUUGGCGACUCCCUCGACAGCGUUGAAGCUCUGAUCAAGAAGCACGAAGACUUUGACAAGACUCUGGCUGCCCAAGAGGACAAGAUCAAGGCGCUCGAUGAAUUCGCCAGCAAACUGGUGGAGGGCGGACACUACGCAGCUGAAGAGGUAGCCCAACGCAGAGCCGAGCUGCUGCGACGCAGGUCAGAUCUUCUCGAGAAAUCGGCGCUGCGUCGGCGAGCCCUCGACGACUCGUACAAGCUGCAGCAGUUCGAGCGCGACUGUGACGAGACUAAGGGCUGGGUCAACGAAAAGCUCAAGUUCGCGACGGACGACAGCUACCUCGACCCGACCAACCUCAAUGGCAAGCUCCAAAAGCACCAGAACUUCGAGCAGGAGCUCCAAGCCAAUCGUACUCGUAUGGAAGAGAUGGUAGCGCAAGGCGAGGAGCUUUGCGCGGCCGACCACUACGCGUCGGAGCGCGUGCGCUCCCGUAUCGACGAGAUCGUCGGACUCUGGUCGUCCCUGACCGAGGCCAGCGAGCGCAAAGCCGCCAAACUUCAAGAGGCUGCCCAACAACAGCAGUUCAACCGUACGGUCGAAGACCUCGAGUUGUGGCUGUCGGAACUGGAGGGCCAGCUGCUCUCCGAGGACUAUGGCAAAGACCUGACUUCGGUCCAGAACCUCAUCAAGAAGCAGGCUCUCCUUGAAGCCGAUGUCGCCUCGCAUCAAGAGCGCGUCGAGGGGUGCGCCCAGGCGGCUGCACGCUUCGUCGAGGCCGGUCAUUUUGACGCAGACAACAUCAAGCUGAAACAGCAACAGCUGCAUAGCCGUUACGCCGGGCUCGAGCGACCUAUGCUGGCGCGCAAGCAGCGCCUGUUGGACUCACUGCGGCUGCAGCAGCUCAUUCGCGACGUCGAGGACGAGGAAGCUUGGAUCAGGGAGAAAGAGCCCGUGGCGGGUUCGACAAAUCGGGGACGUGACCUCAUCGGUGUGCAAAACCUGCAGAAGAAGCAUCAGGCCGUACUCGCCGAGAUCAACAACCACGAGGGGCGAGUUGCAGCGGUCUGCGCUGCCGGCUCGCGUAUGCUCGAGGAGGGUCACUUUGCUGCCGAGGAGAUCAGCCAGAGGCUCGCCGGUCUCGACGAGCGCUGGGGCCAGUUGAAGGACAAGGCACGUCAGCGCAAGCAGGACCUCGACGACUCGCUCCAGGCUCACCAGUACUUUGCCGACGCCAACGAAGCCGAGUCCUGGAUGAAGGAGAAACGUCCCAUAGUGACAAACGCCGACUACGGCAAGGACGAGGACAGCAGCGAAGCUCUACUCAAGAAGCACGAGGCCCUGCUCAGCGACCUAGAAGCCUUUGCUCGCACGAUCGCUGCCCUUGGCGAGCAAGCGGCCAACUGUAGGCAACAGGAGGCACCCCAGGUCGAUUUAGCUGGUAAGGAAUGCGUGCUCGCGCUCUACGAUUACACGGAGAAGUCGCCACGCGAGGUGUCGAUGAAGAAGGGCGACAGUCUGACCCUCCUUAAUAGCAGCAACAAGGACUGGUGGAAGGUUGAGGUGAACGAUAGACAGGGUUUCGUGCCCGCAGCCUACGUGAAGCGCAUCGAGCCCGAGGCUGGACUCAGUGCGUCACAGCAGGAGCUUGCCCGCGAACAGGGCUCCAUUAAGGCACGCCAGGCCCAGAUCGAGGCCCAGUAUGAGGAACUGUUACGUUUGGCACACGAUCGCCAGAACAAGCUCAACGAGACGGCUAAAGCGUACGUUCUGGUGCGCGAGGCGGCCGAUCUCGCCAGUUGGAUCAAGGACAAGGAGAACCAUGCCCAGGUUCAGGACGUCGGUGAGGACCUCGAACAGGUCGAGGUCAUGCAGAAGAAGUUUGAUGACUUCCGCGCGGACCUCAAGGCCAACGAGGUGCGCCUCGCCGAGAUGAACGAGAUCGCGGUGCAGCUGAUGAGCCUCGGACAGACGGAGGCCGCGCUCAAGAUCCAGACCCAGAUCCAGGAGCUGAACGAUAAGUGGACGAGUCUGCAGACGUUGACAGCCGAGCGCGCCAGUCAGCUUGGCUCUGCCCACGAGGUGCAACGCUUCCAUCGUGACGUGGACGAGACCAAGGACUGGAUACGCGAGAAGGACGCUGCCCUGAACAAUGACGAUCUUGGCAAGGAUCUGCGCAGCGUGCAAGCACUCCAGCGCAAACACGAGGGUCUCGAGCGAGACUUGGCAGCCCUCGGCGAUAAGAUCAAGCAACUCGAUGAAACAGCCAACCGGCUGAUGCAGUCGCAUCCCGACACCGCCGAUCAGACCUACGCCAAGCAAAAGGAGAUCAACGAGGAGUGGACCCAACUCACCGCCAAGGCCAACUCGCGCAAGGAAAAGCUCCUCGACUCUUACGACCUGCAGCGCUUCCUCAGCGACUACCGUGACCUCAUGGCCUGGAUUAACUCGAUGAUGGGCCUCGUUGCCUCCGAAGAGCUCGCGUCUGACGUGACUGGCGCCGAAGCGCUCCUUGAGCGCCACCAGAGCCACAGAACGGAAAUCGACGCGCGAUACGGUAUUGUACCACAGGAGCACCGCAUGGAGAUAGACGCGCGUGCCGGCACGUUCCAAGCGUUCGAGUUAUUUGGCCAGCAGCUGCUACAAUCCAACCACUACGCGAGCGUCGAGAUCCAGGAGAAGCUCGAGUCGAUGAGCGAGGCGCGCCAAGAACUCGAGAAGGCCUGGAUCCAGAGGCGCAUGCAGCUCGACCAGAACCUCGAGCUCCAGCUCUUCUGCCGGGACUGCGAACAGGCCGAGAACUGGAUGUCGGCGCGCGAGGCCUUCCUGAGCAGCAGUGGCUCCGAGGAUGGUGGCCUCGAGACCGGCGACAACGUCGAGGCUCUGAUCAAAAAGCACGAGGACUUUGACAAGGCCAUCAACGCCCACGAGGAGAAGAUCGCGGCCCUGCAGACGCUCGCCGAUCAGCUGAUCGCGGCUGAGCACUACGCCGCCCGUCCGAUAGACGACCGCCGCUGCCAGGUGCUCGACCGCUGGCGUCACCUGAAGGACGCCCUGAUCGAGAAGCGCUCGCGCCUCGGUGAGUCCCAGACGUUGCAACAAUUCUCGCGCGACGCCGACGAGAUGGAGAACUGGAUCGCCGAAAAGCUACAGCUUGCCACGGAGGAGAACUACAAGGACCCGGCCAACAUUCAGUCCAAACACCAGAAGCACCAAGCCUUCGAGGCCGAGCUCGCUGCCAACGCGGACCGCAUACAGUCUGUGCUCGCGAUGGGUGGCAACUUGAUCGACAAACACCAGUGUGCCGGCAGCGAGGAAGCCGUGCAGAAGAGACUUGCCUCGAUCGCUGACCAGUGGGAGUAUCUCACCCAGAAGACGACCGAGAAGUCGCUCAAACUCAAAGAGGCAAACAAACAGCGUACCUACAUAGCCGCGGUCAAAGACUUGGACUUUUGGCUGGGUGAGGUCGAGAGUCUGCUGACCAGCGAGGACGCAGGCAAGGAUCUGGCUUCGGUGCAGAACCUGAUGAAGAAGCAGCAGCUCGUCGAAGCGGACAUUGGGGCUCACGAGGAGCGCAUCCGCGACAUGAACUCCCAGGCGGACUCAUUGAUCGAGAGCGGCCAGUUCGAGGCCCAGGCGAUACAGGAGAAACGUCAGAGCAUCAACGAGCGCUACGAGCGCGUGCGUAAUCUCGCGGCUCACAGGCAAGCCCGGCUAAACGAAGCCAACACUCUGCACCAGUUCUUCCGCGACAUCGCUGACGAGGAGAGCUGGAUCAAGGAAAAGAAGCUGCUCGUCGGUUCGGAUGACUACGGACGCGACCUCACCGGCGUCCAGAAUCUUAAGAAGAAACACAAGCGUCUCGAAGCCGAGCUAGCGAGCCACGAGCCGGCGAUACAGGCCGUGCAGGAGGCUGGCGAGAAGCUGAUGGACGUCUCGAAUCUUGGCGUACCGGAGAUCGAACAGCGGCUCAAGCUGCUCAACCAGGCCUGGGCCGAGCUCAAGCAACUCGCCGCGACGCGAGGCCAAAAACUCGACGAGUCACUUGCUUACCAACAGUUCAUCGCCAAGGUCGAAGAGGAGGAGGCCUGGAUCGCCGAGAAGCAGCAGCUGCUCUCGCUCGAGGACUGCGGCGACACGAUGGCCGCAGUGCAGGGCCUGCUUAAAAAGCACGACGCCUUCGAGACUGACUUUGCCGCGCACGCGGAGCGCUGCCGCGAGAUCGGCGAGGCAGGCGACGCUCUCGCCGCGGCUGGCAAUCACCGGGCCGAUGCCAUCGCCCAGCGCUGCCAGCAACUCCAGGCUCGUCUCGAGCAGUUGGCCGGUCUCGCGCGCGGCCGCAAGGCCAGUCUCGCCGACAACUCGGCCUACCUGCAGUUCAUGUGGAAGGCCGACGUCGUGGAGUCGUGGAUCGCCGACAAGGAGAGCCACGUGCGCUCCGAGGAGUUUGGCCGAGAUCUCUCGUCAGUGCAGACACUGCUCACCAAGCAGGAGACCUUCGACGCUGGUCUGCACGCUUUCGAGCACGAAGGUAUACAGAACAUUACGAGCUUGAAGGAGCAGCUACUCGAGGCCGGCCACGAACAACGCGCGGCCAUACACAAACGCCACGGCGACGUGAUAGCCCGCUGGCAGAAGCUGCUCGCUGACUCGCAGGCGCGCAAACAGCGGCUUCUACGCAUGCAGGAACAGUUCCGACAGAUCGAGGAGCUCUAUCUGACUUUCGCCAAGAAGGCUUCGGCCUUCAACUCGUGGUUCGAGAACGCCGAGGAGGACCUCACGGAUCCCGUGCGCUGCAACAGCAUCGAGGAGAUCAGAGCGCUGCGUGAGGCUCACACCCAAUUCCAAGCGAGCCUGACCUCGGCCGAGGUGGACUUCUUGGCACUUGGUGCCCUUGACCGUCAAAUCAAGAGCUUCAACGUUGGUCCGAACCCAUACACCUGGUUCACGAUGGAGGCCCUGGAAGACACCUGGCGCAACCUGCAGAAAAUCAUCAAAGAGCGUGACGUGGAGCUCGCAAAGGAAGCACAGCGUCAAGAGGAGAACGACAAACUGCGCAAGGAGUUUGCCAAGCACGCCAACGCCUUCCAUCAGUGGCUUGCGGAUACGCGUACCUCCAUGAUGGAGGGUUCGGGUUCGUUGGAGCAGCAGCUCGAGGCGACCAAACGCAAGACCCAGGAGGUCAAGGCGCGUCGCCAGGAUCUGAAAAAAGUCGAGGAUCUUGGUGCCAUACUCCUGGAGGAGCAUCUCAUUCUCGACAAUCGCUAUACCGAACACAGUACCGUCGGCCUUGCCCAACAAUGGGACCAGCUCGAUCAACUCGGCAUGCGCAUGCAACACAACCUCGAGCAGCAAAUACAGGCGCGCAACCAGUCGGGCGUCUCGGAGGGUGCACUUAAGGAGUUCUCCAUGAUGUUUAAGCACUACGACAAAGACAAGAGCGGCCGUCUCAAUCACCAAGAGUUCAAGUCUUGCCUUCGCGCCCUCGGCUACGAUCUGCCGAUGGUCGAAGAGGGCCAGCCCGAUCCAGAAUUCGAAAAUAUUCUCGACAUAGUCGACCCCAACAGAGACGGGUUCGUUUCCUUGCAAGAUCAUAUGGCAUUUAUGAUUAGCAAGGAGACCGAAAACGUUCAGAGUUCGCAGGAAAUCGAAAAUGCAUUCCGAGCCAUCACAGCUGCCGAUCGUCCUUACGUAACGAAGGAGGAACUUUAUGCUAACCUCACCAAAGAAAUGGCAGAUUACUGUGUGGCAAGAAUGAAACCUUAUGUCGAUCCGAAAACGGAGAGGCCGAUAACAGGUGCUUUGGAUUACAUAGAAUUCACGCACACGCUAUUCCAGAAUUAAAUAGAAUUUUAUAUAGUCUUAUCACUCAGAGAUCAUUUAUAUACUUUUGUCUAUCAAACACCGCUUUAAAAAAAAAAAAAAAAAAAAAACACUUCCAACAUCUCGUCUAAUACUCUCGCGUGUAUGUUUAUAUGUACGCCAUAGUUACAGUUGCUUGCGAGUUAGAUUGUUAUUAAUCUUUAAAUUAUAACGACAGAAAAUUAUUUAUGCUUACUAUUAAUAUUAUUUUGCUUUGACCCAAAGGGAGAAUGAAGUUUAUCAUAAAAUGACAUAAUAAAAGUAUUGAUAACGUUAA